GUAUUCGAAUACAUACGGAGAAUUACAAGGGUGUCAAGAAUCUCAACUAAAGUUAGGGGUAAGAAGAUUAGAGUGACAAGAGAGAAGGAGAUAAGGAUUAAAGCUUCCAGCACAAAAAUGGAGGUCGCAUUCCAUAACCGCUCGAUGUCGGUCAUCCCUCUCAUCAGAGGACCCAAGGGCUUGAAGUUGCAUGACCACAGAAGGAAAUUCUUCAGAAUAUCUUCUGCAUUGCCAGAAACAAUUAUGUCUGUGACAUUAGCAACUGCAGUUGUUGGUGCAGCGGCCACUAUUCUCGUUAAAAGAACCAAAGAAUCUGAAAAAAGGUGCAGGGGAUUUUAUCUACAAGUAUAUACCAUUGCUAGUAGUCAAAUGCUACUUGUGCUGACUCCAGUAAAAAUGUGUGAAGAUUGUGGCGGUUCUGGUAUAUGCUCAGAGUGCAAAGGAGAGGGCUUUGUGCUUCAGAAACUAUCAGAAGAAAGGGCUGCCCGAGCUAGGAUGAUUUCUAAGGAUGCAGCUACUCGCUAUACAUCUGGGCUUCCUAGGAAAUGGAGUUAUUGCACACGGUGUUCAUCUGCUCGGAAUUGUAGAACCUGCAAUGGGAGUGGAAACCUGAGUUUGUAAUUAUUUCUAACAUCUCUAGUUUUAUCUGGAGUUUUGAUGGAAUCUGUGAUUAAUUGAAGGCUACUAUUUGUUGCUGUAUAAACUACAUGCAUAUACUCCGUAAUAGAUAAAGCAAGGUAGUUGUAUAAAA